GAGUUUCAGUACAAUGUGGAAAUGGAUACUGACACAUUGUGCCUCCGCCUUUCCCCACCUGCCCGGCUGCUGCUGUUGCUUCUUGUUGCUCUUCUUGGUGUCUUCGGUCCCCGUCACCUGCCAGCCCCUGGGUCGGGACAUGGUGUCACCAGAAGCCACCAACUCUUCUUCCUCCUCCUCCUCCUCCUCUUCUUCUGCCUCCUCCUCUUCCUCCUCCUCCUCCUCGGCGUCCUCCUCCUUCUCCUCUCCUUCCAGCGCGGGGAGGCAUGUGCGGAGCUACAAUCACCUCCAAGGAGAUGUGCGCUGGAGAAAGCUCUUCUCCUAUACCAAGUACUUUCUCAAGAUUGAGAAGAACGGGAAAGUCAGCGGGACCAAGAAGGAGAACUGCCCGUACAGUAUCCUGAAGAUAACUUCAGUGGAAAUUGGAGUUGUUGCCGUCAAAGCUAUUAACAGCAACUAUUAUUUAGCCAUGAACAAGAAGGGGAGACUCUAUGGCUCAAAAGAAUUUAACAAUGACUGUAAACUGAAGGAGCGAAUAGAAGAAAAUGGAUACAAUACUUAUGCAUCAUUCAACUGGCAACACAAUGGAAGGCAAAUGUAUGUGGCAUUGAAUGGAAAAGGAUAUCCCAGGAGAGGACAGAAAACACGAAGGAAAAACACCUCAGCUCAUUUUCUUCCAAUGGUGGUACAUUCAUAGAGGAAGGCAGUGUCUGUGAAUGAUGUAGAAACAAAGGCUUUUUUGCCAGGAAUAGUUGAUAUUCUUCAUGAAGACAGUAGCUCAGAAGGCAAAGACACAUUGCAGAUGUCUUCUUGCUUGAAAGAAAUGAAGCCUUUGAUGGUUUUUGUACUCCCUGCUGACAUAUGAUGUUCUUUUAAUUAGUUCUGUGUCAUGCCUUAUAAUCAAGAUAUAGGCAGAUCAAAUGGGAUGGAAGUUAUUCCUAAGUGAACAACUUUGUGGCUGGGUUUUUGGGUUAAGUUUUUGUCUUUGUUUUCUAAUCUUUGAGAUAGAAUUAAGGACACAGAACAAGCUAUUAAAUGAAUUUCGGUAAAAUUAUUUAUGGAAUACGAACUCAUAUCAAAAACUCUCAUUGCUCAUCCAAGCCUAAUGAUUCAAUGAGCAGUAAGACACGCAAGCAUUUACUGGAAAGCACUUGGUUCAUAUCAUAUGCAUGACCAAAGGAACUUUGGGCGUGGCAUCAUGGAAAAUGGAAUAGGAUUAAACAAUGUAAACAUGUUAGUGUAAAUCUGUUCUAACAAAACAAAUAGUAUGGUAUGCUUGUGCAUUCUGCCUUCAUCCCUUUCUAUUUCUAAGUUAUUUAUUUAAUAGGAUGUUAAAUAUCUUUUGGGGUUUUAAAGAAUUUCCUCAGUGGCUGCCCUCUGAUUUGCCUUUUCUUUUUCUUCAGCACACCACAUGCAUGUUCAUAUCAAAGUGUGUUUAAAACUUGGCAAACACUUCUGGAACAGGAGAUGAGAUUGGAGAAGCAUAGUGUGUGUACAUGUUCUAUCAGUGGGCUUAAUUUGCACUUCUGCAUUAAGAACUAUCAGUAAGAAGUGGUAUAGUGCUGUGGUCAGGCGUAAGUAUGGCUGGUUUUGCCAUCAUCUUGAAAACAUCUAUCACUUUUAAGGCUUCCUUUCCUAAGAAAUAGACCAGAAUGUUAAAUUCUUCUCUUCAGUGCAUCAGUGGGUCCCCCAAAAUACACUAAAAGAAGAAAAUAAGCAUACUAUUUUUGGUAGUCUAGCCUCAUCUCACUAUUUACUAAUGAUUAAUCUUUGAAACAUGUCACAGUGGUAAGUGAUGUCGAGGUCGUUUGCAUAUGUGAGAACCCUUUCUUAAGUACCACAUAGUGCAUCUCCCCCAAAGAAGCUAUUAAGAAAUAUUGAUAUGAAGUGCAACUUUCCCAGGGGCUUAAACUGAGCAAAUAUAUCCUGGUAUAUGUGUAACCAUAUCCUGAAAACUGUUCAAGCUGUAUGAUCUAGUCUUUCUAAAACCCAAUAAAACUUACAUUCUGUAAAUUUAAAGAGCUUUGGAAAGUUCUGUAAUGUAACCAUAUCAAAAUUCAUUUUGUUAGAGCAGGUAUAGAAAACAGUGCAUAAGAGUGUACCAAUCUUCAUCAGAUUGUAUUCCACUAAAUAAAUACAUAAGCCUUAUUUGCAGUGUCUGUAGUGAUAAAGAUGUAGAAAUAAUAUUUGUUCUAAAUACUUUUAAGUGAUAACCAUAAGAAUAUAUUGAUACUGCAGUUUAUCUUCAUAUUUCUUAUUUUGGGAAAAAACUGUUUAUUUUUAUUGUUUGGACACAGUAUUUUGAUACAAGGAAAAGGCUCACCAAAUGUGUCUUUUUACCAAAGUUUAACCUCUACAAAGGCUGGUGUUUUGUAACUCUUUUAUAACUCAAUUGUGUCAAUGCUUAACCAGCGAUUCCAGUUAAUCUGUUAUUUAAGAGUUAGCUUUAUUAAGAAACUUUCCCAUAAAGUAAUCCCAUAAAAGGCCAUCUUUUCCUCAUUUCAUAAAAAAAAAGUUGGGAUUCCAAAGAGAUGCCUUUGAGGUAGUGUUUUUGGCUUAUGGCUAAAAUUACAUUUCAUGGUCUUUGACUUUCAACUUGUUUAGGGACAAAUGGGAUUCUGAAAUUUUUAAUUUUUUUGUGGUUGUAAUCUGUAUGUUAAAAUUUAAUUGGUAACUUAGGUCUGGGAGCUAUCAUGUAAUGCACUCCUAUCAGAACUCGAUUAUCUUUGUUCUUUGAUUUCAAAGUAAUAAUUGCACCUGACACAUGAACGUAGACCACCCACAACCAAAAUUAAAUGUUUGGUGAGACAAAUAAAGUAUUAGAUGACUAUGGUAACAGCAAGUAGGGCAUAAACUGGAUUCGUAUUUCACAUCGACAUUUAGAUUACCAGAGAGACCAUGCAUAAACAGUCAUCUUUGUAGUACUCAAAACAGUAAGACAGCUUCUAGCAAAAUGUAUCAAAGCUUUCAGAAGCCAGAUAUAGAAAGUAUCUCCUUCACCUCUCCUUUUCCCAACAUACACAUCAACAGAGAUAAAGACAAAAACAGUUUGGUAAACAGUAACAAUAUUUAUCCUGCAAUAAAAAAUGGCACCUUUUGCUCUAUGUUGAGUUAGAAUUCUGGUCCCCUUUGCAGCUGGAUUGUGCUACUGAAGGAAAAGCAGUUACCACCAUGUAUUUUUUUU